GAGACACGGAGGAUAAGAGACUUUACAAGAACUAUACUUUUCUGUUUUUGAAACGAAAAAUCAAUGUAUAUCAUUAUGUCUGGCGCUGCAGGUUGCGAUUCACCCAAACGGAUGAUCGUCUCUGUAAUUAAAUCUACAUGCAAUGCAGAGGAGGUAAAUCUGGGUCACUUGUCAAUGUAUUUACCAUGCCAAUGGCCGGAAAGCUCCAACAGCAUGAGCCCCAGUCCGACUCCCAGCAUCGGAUCGGCAGGAUCUAUUUCACCCGGGCAGAGUCCUGACCUCCCCGCCUACAAGGAUGGCAUGCGGCGUGGCCGUCCAAGAGCGGAGAUCGUCCGUGAUUUGAUCACCGAAGGUAAUUUGUCCACCAGCCGGAUCCGCUGUCACGUCUGCAAUCGAGUAUUCCCACGGGAAAAAUCACUACAAGCUCACAAAAGGACACACACUGGUGAGCGUCCGUACGUGUGUGACUACCCCAGCUGCGGGAAAGCAUUCGUGCAGAGUGGGCAGCUCAAGACCCACCAGCGCCUACACACUGGUGAGAAGCCCUUCAUCUGUUCCGAGCCAGGCUGUGCCACGAAGUUUGCUCAUGCCAAUCGACACUGUGCCAAGCAUCCAUAUGCCAGGCUAAGGCGGCAGGAGGGUGCAUCGGACCAGGACCGUGUCGCGACCAUUGAAGAGGACAAGGCAGUGGCAGCGUGGCUUGCAAGGUAUUGGCAGAGCCGGGAGCAGAGGCAGACCCCUACGAAGGAGGGGACAGGUUUCCAGAAAUCUGACCAGGAGCAGAAGAACUCAACAUACAGCCAUCCGGAGAAGGAAGUGUUGGCCCCCUAUUCUGGCCACCAACUGCAAGAGCAGAAUGAGCGCUGGCACGGAGCCCUGGCACUUAUCCAACUGGCAAACCUCUGCUCGGCUGAGCCGCUCUGAAUCACAUACUCCCUCCCUCCUAUAUUUGCUCGUCCGCCCUUUGCAAUUCUGCCCUCAACUUUCCCCAGCUCUUCAUACAGAACCACAAUCCUUUUCUUGCCCACCUCAUUCCCACUCUCCCUCCUGGCCAUUCUUCUGCCUCUUCUGCCCCACUUUGCCUGAGAAUCCGCAAGGAGAGAGAGUGGGGUAGGAGUCUAUAGGGGAACCAGCACAAAACUCUGCACACUGUUUGAUGUGGUUUUCCCGGUGGAUCAGUCCCAUAAUUAUUCUGAAUUACCAAAUCCCUUAUAAUCUGUAACUUUUCCUUGACCUGAACUGAUUUUAGUCAAUUUUGUGUUAUCCUUUGUGUGACAAAAAUGAGGGCUUUAACAGAUCCCACUUUUUUGAUCCUUUACUGAGUCUUAAUUAAGGUUGCAUUGACUCUGAAUGCAUGGCUAUUUUAAUUUUAAAAUAGAACAUUUAAUAAUAUAUAUAAUUAUUAAUUCUUUGUAACUACUCUCAUUGAUUCCUUAAACUGUGAAGCUCAUGCUGAGUUACUAUGUUAUCUGUUCAUCUCUCCUCUCCGCUGAGGCUUCCAUUUAUAAAGCACUUUCAUGUCUUCAGGUCCUCCCAAAGCAUUUUGCAUCAAAUUAAUUCUUUUCGAGAUGGACUCACUGAGAGUGAUGAGAGAGUUUCAAUGCAGCAGGGAGAUAAUCGCCAGAUAUUCCAUCUUUGUUGUUUAUGAGGGGUGAACAUUAGCUGAAGCAUAUUUUUCAAAAUAGUGCGGCAGAUCAUUUCCAUUUUCCAGAAAGAACAAAUGCACCUGAAAAUGGGAUCAGCAUAUGCUCACUUGGCCCCUCAAGCCUGUCCACCAUUUAAUAUUAUCAUGGCUGACCUAUACUAGUAUUAGUAGCAAAAACAUUUCACUCUCUACCAUGUCAAGCCCCUUGUAUGUUUGAAUAAGGCUAAUUUUGGCCUUGGAUUUAAAACAACAUUUUGUCUGCAAUAUCUGCACAUUAUUCAGGGCGCUAGAGUGUUAACUGGGGUUAUUUGCUGGAGGGCUGCUUGAACACACAAUCUUUGGCUUGAGAUCAGAGAACAAACCAUUGAAAGUUAAUGGUUAAAUCACUGAUCUCUAAUUCCAAGAAAAUGGUUAAAUGAAACUAGUUAAUGUAGGGGUUGAAAAAGUUGGGCAGAGCCAUCAGAGGUGGAUAUACUUAACAUUGUCACUUCUGUGUGGUUCUGACCACAGUGACGAUAACCGUCAGGGUAUACUGCCACCAUCUGCUGUGUUCAGAAACUGCAGCUCAUAACCCCUUCCACAUUACACUUAUUUUUUACAACUUUUCUUGCUCUUCAUUCGACUAACUGUCACCUUUAUCGCUUUGCUCACGUGUUCAAGGUUUUAACCAUAAAGUUUGACCUUGUGCUGUUGUGUUGUGGAUCGAAGGUUUCGUGGUAGCUCAACCCUCUUGGACUACAGUGGUGGGAGGGUUUCGGAUCUGUCCGGGAUCUGGGGUGUUGCAAAAUGACAGAUUUUGUAACUGUUUGAAAUUACAGAACGUUGGAGGAGUCUGGUACAAUUUGUUGCACAUUGCUUGCAUGUUUUUUUUUGCUGACUGGUAAGGGCAAGCUGAGAAGGUAGUGUAGCAACAAGAAAAUGGGGAAAUGCCAGAGGAGGGAAUAGAAUUAAGGGGUAAUGGAGCAAUAAUAUUACAAGCCACGUCAAAAUGCCCCAGGACUCUUCAAGCACUUCAAAUAGUCUCUGCUACAUUAUUUGCUUGAUCUGUACAUUUCUCUGACAGAAUAUAGUGAAAUUCUAUAUGACUGCUUUCUUAUAACAGAAACAAGUAAGGUUUUAGUGAUGGGAUUAAAUGCAUGUUAAAAAGUAUGCAAGGGGUUGUGGAAGAGAUGAUAGUGAUGAGUCAAUGAAAAUUUUCAUUCCAGUGAUAUCUAAUGCAGCCAAUGAAGUACUUUUGCAAGUGAUAAUCUGGCAAGCAAGAUUCAAGGACAAGAUAAUGACUGUUUUAGUGAUGUUAGUUGGUUGAUAACCAUUGCCCAGGGUACUGGAGAGACCUUUUGUAUAGCAUUAUUAAUCACCACUUGGAAAAAAAUUUGGGAUGAACUUUCAGCACUCCCCAUCUCCCUGGCUUACCUUUUGUGCCUUUUAAACUAAAACUCAAAUCUGAAAUCAGACUUGGUCUUGAGAGAGCCAUGAACUAGUUACAACUCUGAAGGAUAUGAGCUUAUUACGGGUGGGUGAGAGCAGAGGUUGAUAGACAGGGGGCUGAGGGGAAGUGAGGCAAGAAAAAGGAGUAGUAGAGGAGGGGAAGGGAGAAUGGAGUUUGGAUCUGAAAUGUAAAGUGGGAGAGAGCAAGGGAGAAGGGCAGAAGCUGUGGAGUAACAAAGAGGAGGACAAGGGAAUGUUCUGUAGAAUUAAAACAGGUUUUGAGCAUUGCAGGUCAUACCCCUGCAGAUUUGUUCACAAUUAUGGUGAGACCUAUGUUUUUUUUAUUUUUAGAACAGCAAAAAUAGCACUUUUUAAAUGAGAAAUUAAGCUAGUACAUCCUGAUGAAUUAGUGACAAACCCAGGAAGAGCAGUGGGGUUAUUCACAAUUUAAUCGUAAUUACAUCCAAGCUCCUGUUUGUGAUUUGCACAGAAAAUCACACUUACUAGAACAGCAGUGGGAUUUUUAAGUUCCAACUUUUGCACUACAGGGUAAAACCACUGCUGUCUGUGCAAGGUGGGGUGAAAGGUACUGAAUAGGGUCCUGUGAGGAGAAUGGAAAACAAAAUGGUGGUUGUGGCAACUUUUUGAAUGCACUCUACCGCUGCAUUAUUUUGUUUGCUGAGUGGUACAUGUUAAAAUGUAUCCAAGGAGCAAGUUCCUUCUUCAUUCGUUGAAACAGAGUGGAACCAAGAUUUAAGUCCUUGUGUUCCGUGGGGAGCAAGAGGCCAGUGCAGUAGUUCAGUGUGACUGAAGGCUGCAGGUCUGGCAAUUCAGAUUUUGUGUACAAAACUUGGUUUUUGAGAAAGGUUGUUUUAUAAAUUAGGAGAAAGAUUAAAUUUAUUCUGAAUCCCUUUAAACUGUACAUAAACAUUCAGGAAGGGGAAUACUGAUCCACAUAAUGAUUUUCUGAAAUUAAGCUCUUUAAAAUUUGUAGGGUUUAAAGAACCUUCAGUUCCAUGACAAUUUGAAAAUCAAAGGGUUUAAUUCUUGGACAGAUUUUACUGCACCAGGUUCUGGAAUAAAACAUUUAGAGUGAGUGGAGCUGACAGUAAUUGGGAGAAGCUUCCAAAGCAUUAAUAUCCUGGAUCUAACUCAUUCCUUUAUGUACUAAAGAGAUGUGAGCUGGGGUGACUGAAACACCAGAGUUUGGGACUUGGCUUCUGUGAAUGUGUAAUUAGUUCGUUAAAGUUUUUUUGCAAAGACGACUGUAAUUUGAUUGCACUGUAUAUAAACUAUUU